UAAAAACUGCCAUCUACGAUGCACGACCUCGUUUCAAUCCCUUGCUCGCUAAAACCCUUUAAACUCUUUUAAGGUUCAAGAGAUCUGUACAAAAACUACAAAUUCUCUCACUUGAAAUUUUUGUUCCUUUUUAAAAAACCAUGGAAACUGAAUCAGAUCGAAACGAUGACACCACCAUUACCGUCGUCAAAGACAUGAGAGCUCGAUUAGAGACUCGAAUCCGAACCCAACACGACGCUCACUUAGAACUCCUUUCCUCACUCCAAUCCAUUGUCCCCGACAUAGUCCCAUCGCUCGAUCUCUCCCUAAAACUCAUCUCUUCAUUCACGAAUCGACCUUUUGUAGCCACACCUCCGUUACCCGAACCCAAAGUAGAGAAGAAGCUUCUUCAUCCGAUUGUUAAAUCAGGAACACAACAUCAACAGUUACAUGGGCACGAUUCAAAAUCGUUACUUGUCGAUUCGAAUCAGAGAGAUUCUGGUGCUGAAGCAGAUGGGUCUAGUGGUAGUCCUAUGGCGCUUGUGAGAGCUAUGGUUGCUGAGUGUUUGCUUCAACGAGUACCCUUUUCACCUACUGAUUCGUUUACUGUUCUUAGAAAACUCGAGAAUGACCAAAACGCGAGAACCGCGGAGAAGGCUGCGUUACGAGACUUAGGCGGCGAGUGCGGACCGAUCCUCGCCGUCGAAACCGCGCUUAAAUCGAUGGCGGAGGAGAACGGUUCUGUUGAGUUAGAAGAGUUUGAGGUUAGUGGUAAGCCUAGAAUCAUGGUUUUGGCUAUUGAUCGAACUAGAUUGCUUAAAGAGUUACCAGAGAGUUUCCAAGGGAACAACGAAUCGAAGCGUGUAGUUGAAACGCCUAAUUCGAUUGAGAAUUCUACAGUUUCUGCUGGCGGGUUUGGGGUUUCCGGGUCGGGUAAUAAUUAUCCGAGGCCUGAGAUUUGGGGAAGUGAUCCUAAUAUGGGGCCUGAGAUGUGGGGAAGUGAUCCUAAUAUGGGGUUUAGAUCAAUGAUGAAUGCACCAAGAGGGAUGCAAAUGAUGGGGAUGCAUCAUCCAAUGGGGAUUAUGAGUAGACCACCACCGUUUCCUGUGCCUUUGACGUUACCUGUGCCGUCUAAUCAGAAGCUUAAAAUUGAAGAUGAUGAAUUGAAAGACGUUGAGGCUCUUGUGAGUAAGAAGUCUUUUAAGGAGAAGCAACAGUCUAGGACUGGUGAGGAGUUGCUUGAUUUGAUUCACCGUCCAACUGCUAAAGAAGCUGCUACCGCUGCUAAGUUUAAAAGUAAAGGAGGAUCACAGGUUAAGUAUUACUGUAGGUAUUUAACAAAGGAGGAUUGUUGUGUUCAGUCUCGCUCUCACGUAGCCUGCAACAAGAGACAUUUCCGUCGACUAAUCGCUUCACAUACCGAGAAAAACCUAGGAGAUUGUUCCUUUCUUGAUACUUGUCGUCACAUGAAGACUUGCAAAUACGUGCAUUACGAGCUCGACAUGGCUGACGCUAUGAUGGCUGGUCCAGAUAAGGCAUUGAAGCCUCUACGUGCUGAUUACUGUUCCGAAGCUGAACUUGGUGAGGCACAAUGGAUUAACUGCGACAUCCGUUCUUUUCGAAUGGACAUUCUGGGAACUUUUGGAGUUGUUAUGGCGGAUCCACCAUGGGACAUUCACAUGGAACUUCCAUACGGAACAAUGGCUGAUGACGAGAUGCGUACUCUCAAUGUUCCCUCGUUGCAAACAGACGGUUUGAUUUUCCUCUGGGUCACUGGUCGUGCAAUGGAGCUAGGCCGUGAAUGUUUGGAGCUUUGGGGAUACAAGCGAGUGGAAGAGAUCAUAUGGGUAAAGACGAAUCAGCUUCAACGUAUUAUUCGAACAGGAAGAACAGGUCACUGGCUCAACCAUAGCAAAGAGCAUUGUCUUGUUGGAAUCAAAGGAAACCCAGAAGUGAACAGAAACAUCGACACAGAUGUGAUUGUUGCAGAGGUUAGAGAGACAAGCCGGAAACCAGACGAGAUGUAUGCAAUGUUAGAGAGGAUCAUGCCAAGAGCAAGAAAACUCGAGUUAUUCGCACGUAUGCACAAUGCUCAUGCAGGAUGGCUAUCACUUGGGAACCAGCUUAAUGGUGUCAGGUUAAUAAACGAAGGUCUUCGAGCUCGUUAUAAAGCAUCAUACCCUGAAGUAGAUGUCCAGCCACCAUCACCACCAAGAGCCUCUGCAAUGGAAACAGACAACGAACCAAUGGCUAUUGACUCAACCACAGCUUAGUUCAAUUGAGUGUUUUGGUUUCGAAACAUUUGUGGCAUUGAUUGUAAAUCUUUUAUGAAAAGUUAAAGGAAGGAAAGCUUUAAAAAAGCCAACACAAACAUUUCAAAAGGAAAUUAGCUAACUUUUGUUUCA